GAACAGGGUGUAUAAUGAAUAUUUUCUCUAAAAUCAUCCCUAUCCUCUUUUAAAAUUUGAGAAAAUAAAAGAGUUUUUUAGAAUAAGGUUUAAAAAGCUUGUCGGAUCCGCAUCUAAAUGAAAUGGAUCAGAAAAUUUGGGAAGAAUGGAAAGCGGAAGGUUCAUUAAUUUGUGAUUUUUUCUAUUUAAAUAUAUUGUUGAAAUAUUAAACCCGAUCGUUCAGAAAACCCCGCAUUUUUUAGAAAAGAACUGAGUUCUUGCCACAACUCUGAUUUUUAAUAUCUCUGCUAAAUUAUCAAAGGUUUAAAGAAAAAAAGAUGACUGAUUAUGACAAAAUUAAAAUCGAAAAAUGAUUUGUUCGUUUAAAUUUAUCCUAAACAGCACAUUUUUAUGAAAAUAGGAUUUUUUUAAAACUUGUAAAUUUUUAACGUCUUCCCCAGCUUUUUUUUAUGAUUAGUCAAAAACAUGAUAAACAAACGACUGUCCAAAAACUAUGAUAUUUGGAGCUUUUUAAAUAAUGGUUUAGUUGAAAAUAUUCCUAAUUUUGUAAUAAAUUUUAAUCCUUCUAGCAAUUUAUUCUUGCCAAAUAUUUGCUACUAAAAUACAAUUAAGGUAAGAAUUGUAUCAAUUCAAUAUUGAAAACUUUUUAAGGAAUGUUUCCUUCUUUUUUUCAUAGAAUUAAAAUUAUAAAUGGUUAAAUUGCUGAUAUAUUGCUGAUUGCUGGUAUACUACUGAUAUAUUGCUGAUAUAUUGCUGAUAUAUUGCUAAUAUAUUGCUGAUAAAUGGCAUCUUGUUGAAGACAUUUUUUGGAAUUUUUUAGAUACUUUGAGCGAAACCUAUGCAAUCUGAACCAAAAAUAUUGUUAUUUCUCAUCAGCUUGGCAUAUAUUUGCUAGAUAUUAUUAUUUGCUAGAUAUAGAUUUUGUUCCUAAACCUAUUUUAUCUAUCUAUUUUUAAAUUCAGUAUUGUUGCUAGCAGCUUAGCAUAUUUUCUAUUCCUACACUCAGAAAAAGCAGCUUAGAAAGUCCAUAUAACGGAACCUGUUUUCAGAAAAAAAAAUGCGGGAAUAGGAAACAACUAAAAAGCCAAGAUGGCCGCAAACAGUUAAACCAAACCAAACCAAGAUGGCGGAACAGAGAAUGGAAAAGCAACGUGGAAGGGAUAGAUCCCUGACUCUCGUGGAUGUUUAUGAUAUUGCGGCAGAUAUUGGAAAGGAAUUUGAAAAUAUAAUAGAUGAGGAGGGUGCAGACAGGGUCACCAGUCUUAUGCAAAAGGUUAUUGCUGCUCUGGAACAGCUAGAAAUCCUUGUACAGAAAAAUGACACGGAACAGAUGUUGAUCGAAGAUCUAAGACGAACAAUAGAACAUCUGGAGCAUGAGGACAACAAGAAGAAUGAUGAGAGGAUACGGUAUGCCAGGGAUAUAGAACAGGUUGAGGAACACUUCAAGUCCGAGACUAAGGACUAUUUGACAACCAUUAAACGAUUACAAGAUGAGAAUAGGAAACUGUCGUCUUCACUUACUGCUGCAACAGAGAGAGAUAGCGCAUUUUCUGAAGAUGAAUCAUUUAUAGAAAUAGAUAUAGUCAACAAACUCCAGGGUAUUCUAGAGAAGCAACGAGAACAAAUUAGAUCAAUGGAGAAUAAUCUUGCUGAGCUGAAAAGUGAAAUGGAGGAGAUGAAAUCUAUGAAUGAUAAAUUGUCCGGAUCUAACAAAGAUCUUCGUCGUAAGCUUCGUCAAGCUCAAUCUCAGCUCAACUGUCUGGUUGAUGAGAGAGCUGAACUUCAGGUAACGUUACAAGAUCAGCAACGAGAGACUGGAGCUUUGAUAAAAAGAUUGGGGUUAGCAAACAAGGAGAACGAGGAUCUAGCCAGAAGUGGUGGCCAGGAGCCUGAUCUGAGAAAUAAAAUAAUUUUUGAUCUUGAAGAUCCCAAAAGACCCAGAUUUACACUGGCAGAGCUGAAAGAUAUUCUUCAGGAACGAAACAGUUUGAAGGCCCGUGUAUCAGAUCUAGAGGAUGAGCUUGAAAUGUACAGACCCGGCACACGUUGUGUGCUGCUUAACUCGAGAGCUUCUUUGUCCUGCAAGGAUGCGGGAUGUGGUUGUGAAUUCCAUUCUGGUCAGGAGCAUGCGCAAUAUUUUCCAAAUGCCGCGUUCUCAAACCAACGAGACAUUGAUUCUGAUAUAGAUUCGGACGGAUCCGAUCUUCCUGUCCAGGGACCUUUACCAUUUGAGCCGGAAGACGCCCCUUGGAAGAAAGGAGAAACUUCCGGAAUCCGAAAAUUGUUUGCCUAUGUAACUGGGCGGGUAGUUAAGGUGUCCCAAAAUCUGGCGAAUGCGGGCCAGGAACUUGGCAUACAGCCAAUAUAAUUGUUUUCGCCGAGUAUUUGGUC